AUGUUAAAGGAUGAAAUUUUCCACCAUCUAUGGAUAAAGAUGAGAGAAUUAAAUUUGAGAAUAAAGAUGGUGAAAGAAAUUGGCAUUUUAGGAAUUCCAGGAAAGUAUCACAAUUUGACUAUCAAAUUUAAUAACAAUGACAGUUCGAUGAAGAAAAGUGUGAUUUGA